AUGCUGGGAGCAAAGCGACUCUGGCUACCAGGUCUUGCCCCCAACUCCUGGUUGCCCUUGGCCCUGACGCUUCUGGCCCUGGGGACCGGAUGGGCCCAGGAAGGGUCAGAGCCUGUUCUCCUGGAGGGCGAGUGCCUGGUGGUCUGUGAGCCCGGCAGGGCUGCUGCAGGGGGGCCUGGAGGAGCAGCUCUGGGAGAAGCGCCGCCCGGAAGAGUGGCAUUUGCUGCAGUUCGAAGCCACCACCAUGAGCCAGCAGGGGAGACGGGCAACGGCACCAAUGGGGCCAUCUAUUUUGACCAGGUCUUGGUGAAUGAGGGCGGUGGCUUUGAUCGCGCCUCAGGUUCCUUCGUGGCCCCUGUCCGAGGUGUCUACAGCUUCAGGUUCCACGUGGUGAAGGUGUACAACCGCCAAACCGUCCAGGUGAGCCUGAUGCUGAACACAUGGCCUGUCAUCUCAGCCUUUGCCAAUGACCCUGAUGUGACCCGGGAGGCAGCCACCAGCUCUGUGCUACUGCCCCUGGACCCCGGGGACCGGGUGUCUCUGCGCCUUCGUCGGGGGAACCUGCUGGGUGGCUGGAAAUAUUCAAGCUUCUCUGGCUUCCUCAUCUUCCCACUCUGAGGGCUCAAGCCUCUCCAGAAUGGGAAUCCAGCCCCUGACCUCUGUCCUCUGCCCUCCCCUGCCCCAGAAGCAACAUCUUUGGGGCAGGAGAAAGGCUCCCUCUGGCUGCCUGAAUUCCACCUUCUUGCAUGGGACCUUGUGCCAAACACCCAAGGUGAUGAGUAGAGCUAUAUCUAGGGACGGGCCCCUCUAACCUCCCUCCCCCUUCUCACAUGCCCUCACAACCUCUCCCUGCAUCUCUCUGUCUGCGACCUUAGGAUCAGUGCAGGAUUUGGCAGGUAAAAAGUCCUGCGAUACUUUGCAGACUUUGCUGCUCCUUCCCCCACCCCACCCCCAGCCUCUAGCUCAGUGCUACUUGGAAACAGGUGGCACAGGUGAACCUGACAGGCCCCCACAAGGGCCCAGAUGGACCGGCCUCAUCAUACCCUACAGGCUCCUUCCUGUGAGGAGUGCCAGCAUCACGGAUUUCUGCCAACAGCCAGGAGCUG